AUGGUGUGUUUUGUGAGCAGUUUACUAUGUGCAGAGGAACAAGCAAAAGCAGUGGCUAUGCAGCACUCUGUUCGCCCACACAGUCUCCUUGUGUUCAUCAAUCCCGUUGCUGCCAUUCAACAGGCCGUAGACAUCUAUCAGUUUAAAGUGGCUCCUCUGUUCAAACUGGCAAAGAUCACCACCGUUGUCAUCGUAACAGAUUAUGCAAAUCAUGCCAGGGACUAUAUCUUGGCAACAGACUUCCACAAAUAUGAUGGCGUUGUCUGUGUUGGAGGAGAUGGGAUGUUCAGUGAACUCAUGCAAGGUGUCAUCAGGAGAACACAAACUAAGGCAGGAGUGGACCUAAACAAUCCCAAAGCACGGCUGGCUAAGUGCCACUUGAGGAUUGGCAUCAUACCAGCGGGUUCCACUAACUCUGUGUGCUAUUCAACAACUGGUGUAAGUGAUCCAGUUACAUCAGCCUUGCAUAUAAUUGUCGGUGACUGCCAGCCUUUAGAUGUGUGUUCAGUUCAUCAGAGAAACACGUUGCUAAAAUAUUCUGCAUCUUUGCUUGGAUAUGGUUUCUUUGGGGACAUUCUGAAAGAUGCUGAAAGGGCUCGCUGGCUGAGGGCAUCAAGGUAUGAUUUAUCAGGAAUAAAAACAUUUCUUAAACACCAGCUCUACGAGGGGAAUAUCUCGUUUCGACUGGCGACUGGUAGAGUGGGGAGCCCAAGAGACAAGUGCCGCUGUCUAACAGGGUGUACCAUCUGCAGUGAAAUUGGAAGAAGACUGAAUCAAAAUGAAAAUGAGGAUGAUAACGGUGAUGAAGCAAAUUGGAACGAGCUGGAAGGGAAAUUUUUGGCAAUCAACGGAGCUUGUAUCAGCUGCUGUUCUUUCCGUUCUUCACAGGGCCUUUCACCUUCUGGGCACUUAGCAAACGGAGCCUUGGACCUCAUCCUGGUCCAUAAAUGCUCAAAGUUUAAUUUUCUACGACACCUAUUCAGGCACGUCACGAAUAACGACCAGCUUGACUUUCCAUUUGUGGAAGUUUACCGAGUCCGAGAGUUCAAGUUCCUGCCCUACGUCAUGAGUAGUAGAGAGAUUGCCUUGAAAAAGCAGAAGAGGAAAUCUCAUUUUAGAAGAAACAUUUGGCGUAGAAACGUAGGAAGAAAGAGCAGUAGCUGGAACAGUGAUGGAGAGUUGAUUAUGCCGGCAGCCAUUGAAGUCAAGGUCCACUGCCAGCUGAUUAAUCUGUUUGCCAGAGGAAUAGAAGCUGUGGGUUCCAAAAAUGUCAAGUCCUGCUAGGGAGUUAGGACAUAGUUGAGCAGGGUUUGAACUACAUUGCAAGUGAUUGUUUUGUGCUGGGGAGCAUGCUGUACCUAGUAAUAAAAUCUA